UUUGAAGUAAUUAGGCUCAAGGGAUUUGGACAGUACUCUUGUACUACUGUGGCACUACGACUUUGUCGUCUAUAUUCCCUCGUCAUCUUACUACAUACUUUUUUAUUUCGUUCUGCCGUACUGUUAAGGACAGGAGAGUAUUAUGGUUUUAGGUGUAUCAUGCUUUUAAGAAAUGCACGGAAUCAAGGUGCUGUUGCUCAGAAAAUUAGGGAAAUAAGUUCAAGCAGGCGGUACAUGCCUGCAAGGCCGGUUUCUCCAUCCUCAAUGUAUGGUCGAAUAGAUGGAGGAAGUAUGAUGACGACGGGCAUGGCUAACAACGUGUACAACCCCACGCCAACCAACAGUUCGGCUCCACUUCUGCAGCAGCCUUAUACUCAGAGGAGCAUAGCCAUAUCUCGGUUGCCAUUUUAUGAUGAGUUAUGCACUGUUUUGGAAUUGACUCCUUUGGCGUGCAACAUAUCGGGUAUCAGGGCUCCCGCUCGGAUAAUGCAGGAGUUUUAUAUACCUCAUAACUAUUUGAGCCGGUUAUGUUAUAAAGGUGAUUCUACACCGCUCCCGCGUAUGGAAAUUCAGUUACGCUUUUUUAAUUAUGAGUUGCAUAAAGAGCAAUCUGACGACUUCCCGCCGAACUGCAGCGUUAAAAUUGAUGACGUACCAGUAACUCUUCCGAAUAUAAUUCCUACUAACAAACCAAAUGUUGAACCCAAGAGACCUAGUAGACCCGUGAACAUAACACCGUAUUGUCAGAGUCAGCGAGACUGUCUUCGUAAUUCUCAUCGUCUUACAGUUGAGUGGACUGCGGAUAAGAGAGCGUGGGUUGUUGGCAUUUUUAUUGUGAAUCGGCUGAAUUCGAAAAUACUGCUGCAGAGGCUUGUCUCAAACGUUAACGCGUAUCGCGAUAGUAGUGUCACAAGGCAUACAAUUCGUGACCGCUUGUCUGGGAGCCUUGAUGAUGAUGGAGUACGAAUGGAGAAGCUGAGGCUUUCGUUAUUGUGUCCGCUGGGUAAAACUCGUAUGGUAAUACCAGCAAAGCCAAGUGACUGUUCGCAUCUACAGUGCUUUGACCUGUCAUUGUUUCUUCAAAUGAAUGAGAAGCGUCCAACUUGGAAAUGUGGUAUUUGUAACAGUCCAGCUCCAUACAACAAGCUUAUUAUUGACGGAUAUUUUCAAGAAAUUUUAAAAAAAGUGGGCCAUGACGUGCAAGAAGUCGAACUUCUUUUGGAUGGGGAUUGGCGCCCUGUUUCAGAACAUUUGGAAUCUCUGUCAGAUGAUGACGAACCAUCUACAAAAAAUUUACCAAAUGGGGUACCAGCCACCUCUCGCAUGACAGCAGCUGCAUCUGCGCCAAAUUUUUCUCAAACGCAUUUAAGUUCAAAGAUAGAAGAUGAUGAUGUUAUUGUUCUAAGCGACAGCGAUGAUGAUGUAAAUCCUGAAGCAGCGGUAAUUAAUAUCAAAGUUCAAAUACAGAAGAAGGUGUCUGAUAGUCCAGUAAAUCCAUUAGUCCGCUCGGCCUCGAAUCGAUCUAUUGUUUGCAUUGAUUUGGAUGAUAGUGACGUUACGGAACCAAGCCCUACUAGUACAACGACUGCGAUUUCGACCGUUAAUACGACGACAACACCGUCGGGAACGAUCAAUUCUUCUUGUAUCCCUCUUCCCCCCAAUCAGAGCUCUAGCUAUCAUGCAAUUUCAUCUGCACCACCGUCUGUUUGUUCUGUUGCUGCAUCAUUCGUACGUGGAUCUGUACCAAAUCCACCUCUUAUAAGACAGGUUCCAGAUUAUGUUCAUAGUUCCAGAGCUCCUUAUUACCCUAACGUAUAUGCUGCUCAGCAGCAUAGUGGUCCAGCAUAUUUUGGCAUGUAUCAGCCUCCACCGCAGUAUAAUUCAAUACCUCCUGAACUCAACACGUAUGUUAUUGAGGAGGAAAUAAGGAACCUUGUAGCAAAUAUCCACCAGUCCCCAACUUUCCGGGGGUUUUCUUGA